CAUUGUUGUCGUUAAGGGGUACGAAAGAGGAUUCUUUUACCAAACUUCCGGCGUAUUGUCACAACUUGGCCAAACAUAAUCCGGGUACUGUCACACAUAUUAAAACAGAUGUUGAUGAUCGGUUUGAGUUUUUGUACGUCGCACUCGGUUGCUCGGUACGAGCUUUUGUCAAUUUUUGUAAGCCGACCCUAGUAGUAGAUGGAGCUCACCUAAAGGGCGAGUUCAAAGGUACCAUGCUACUUGCAGUUACUAAGGACGGACAAAAUCAAAUAUUACCGGUUGCAUAUGGUAUAUGCAAAAAUGAGUGUACUGAUUCUUGGACAUGGUUUUUUCAAAAACUACGUGAUUGCUUAGGAAAUAUGCAGGAGCUUACAAUUAUAUCUGAUAGGUCUCCAUCUAUAGCAACAUCCGUUGCCAACAUUUUUCCUCACGCUCAUCAUGGAAUAUGUGGUGUCCAUUUGUAUUUCAACAUAGUAUCUAGAUUCGACAAGAGUAAGACGGUUAAAGGAAUUUUUUGGGAGGCGUGUAGGGCGUACACAGUUGAUGCUUUUGAUGCUGCCAUGGAUGUUAUGAAAAAGACAAAAGAACCAGUAUGGGAGUACUUAAAAAGUAUAAAUCCAGAAACCUGGUCAAGGGCACAUUUUAAAGGGAACCGAUACAAUCUUAUGUCGUCCAACAGUGCGGAGUCUAUAAAUGCAUUAUCUAGACACGCACGUAAGGUGCCAAUACUUAUGUUGAUUGAUUUUUUUCGUGCUACAAUGCAACAAUGGUGGUUUCAAAGACGUAACUUUGCAGGUAUUACGUAAAUUUGUAAUAUUAAUGUUUUAUUAGUUUCGAUGUUAUUGAUUUUAACUUCUUCAUUUUGGCUGUUUUUUUAGCGGAAGCAACAACAACACUUACCCCU